AUGCUCAAACUUGAUCAUGAAGAUUUUUGUAUGUCCUACGAAAAGUUACUUGUUGAAAACGCCAUGAUCAUGAAUUCAGGAUCAUUCCGCCAUGGCUUGUUCAAUCAACGGUUCACAACAACAACCUCCACACAACCAUACUCUCCAACCACCUCGAAUGCCUCCUCUCUCUGUACAAUGUUCAAUCUCAACAACGUGAUCUAUGAAGACGGCGAUCAUUGUCUCAUAACGGAUGCGCAUCAAUGCACUCCCCAACCAAAAACUAAUCUACCAUUACCAACUUGGGGCAAUAGUAGCCAUGACAUCGAACCCAACAACGACAAGUGUUUCAGAAAUAUGGAUCCAGAACUCAAAGUAGAUUUUCAAGUCCAACAUGGUUCGUUUGUACCAACAAGGAAUCAUGACUUGACAAUACAUCAACCAUCGCUAAUGGAUUCCUGUUUUGAUCAUUCAUCAGCCCUCAAUGAAGGGCUGUGUGGUUCAAAGUCUUCUUAUUGUGGUGUUCAUGUUGUAUCACAUCCUGAAGCCCCUAAUCCAAGUGAAACAAGCCACCCUUCUCAAUUCGCAGAGAUCAGUCCAAUUCCAAGCUCAACCUUUAUUUCAUCGCCAACUACUACAAAAAAAGCUAUCCAGCGGAAAGAUGCUUCCACUGUUGCUGCUUCAAGUAAGGGAAAAGGAAUUUGUAAAAGAUCAAGAUCAUCUUCAUCAUUGUCUGCUUCCAAACUCAAACAACAGUCCAUGCAAUUUACAUUCCCAUUGUGGACAUUCCAUGUAUCCUGUUCCUCUACUUCCUCCUCUAGACAUUAA